AGAGAUUUAUGUCUUGAAAUGAUGCUGCUUUUGUUUGGCACAUUCAGAGUGAAGUUGAUGAUUUUGGGUUGAUUCUAACCAAUGGAGGGGAAAAUAUAUGGUGUAGUUGGUGAAGUGUUGAUUGUCUUCCUUUUUGAUGUCAGAGCAGUAUGUGAGAAGACUAAGGAGAUAUUGAUGGAAGAAAGCAAUGUUCAGCCUGUGAAAAGCCCUGUGACAAUAUGCGGCGAUAUUCAUGGCCAGUUUCAUGAUCUUGCUGAACUUUUUCAAAUUGGAGGGAAGGUAUCAGUCCUGACUAUGACCUUUUAUUCACUUCUUCUGUUUCAGCUGAGGGCAUUUCCAAAAUAAUUAAUUGAGAUCUGAAUGCUUUUGAAGAUUGGUUGGAGCUCUACUGAAGU